CCUCGCACGGUAAACUGGAGAGGUUUCAGAGUCGAAGAAAGAGUGGGAAGGAGCCAAGAUAGAGAAGCGAAGCCCAUCACAGCAACUAACGGAUGAGGAGAAGAGAGGGGAUUAGAUGAAGGAGAUGGUGGAUGGUAUUGGGAAUGGGUUUUGGUGGUGGGCCGGUGCUAGCUCGGCCCAGCUUGCUGCUGCCGUCGCUUCCUACCGACGAGGCUGCGCCGGACGAGAGACGCUUAUGCCUUUCAAGGCCUUCACCGUCGCCUCCCUCUUUGUCGGGGCGGGUGCAUCCGCCGUCGCCGGGAUCCUCCACGCCUCCGGCAUACGUACGGUGGAGGACUUGAAGGAAGUGGGCGCAAAUACAAGGAGAGGACUGGGUAUACGGCCCAGAGGAGAAUCAUAAUAGUAAUAAUACUUCCAUUGCCUUACUUCUUACCUCCUUUUUUUUUCAAAUUUGGGAUUUUGUUAUGCUGUUUUGUGGAGUGGGAUUUGGUCAAAGAAAAGGUGUGGAACUGAAAUUCUUUUAUAAAUAAGAUAAGAAAUGGUCCCCUGGCUUGUUAGUUGAGUAA